AUGGGUAGCAUCGAUAGAGAGAAUGAUACUAAUAACAGGUUGCAAAAACAGGUUUCAGAGGAAGAAGAAGAAGAAAGAUUUGGGAAGAAACUAUGGAUUGAAACAAAGAAAUUAUGGGUGAUAGUGGGUCCCGCUAUCUUGAGCAGCAUCGCAUCAUUCACCAUGAACGUGGUUAGUCAAGCUUUCGCGGGACACCUAGGUGAAGUUCAACUCGCCUCCAUCACCAUCGCCAACACUGUGAUCGUCGGCUUCAACUUUGGCCUCCUCUUGGGAAUGGCAAGCGCGUUGGAGACACUUUGUGGACAAGCGUUUGGUGCAAAACGACAUAACAUGUUAGGAAUAUAUCUGCAAAGAUCAUGGAUUGUUCUCUUCUUUUGCGUUUCAGUUUCCUCUUCAGAGGUUUCUACAGUGCCAGCUGAAAACAGCUUUGGAUGUUUCAUGGUGGGUAUUGGUAAUUGGGAUGUUUGGGUACACAGUUUGUGGGGGUUGUCCUUUGACUUGGAAUGGAUACUGCUGCUUAUGACUGGUCGAUUAGAAAAUGCAACAGUUGCUGUUGAUGCAUUGUCUGUAUGUAUGACCAUCAAUGGAUGGGAAAUGAUGAUUCCAUUUGCCUUCUUUGCCGGUACCGGGGUGCGAGUGGCGAACGAACUUGGAGCAGGAAAAUGGAAGUCAGCAAAAUUCGCAAUCAUUGUUCUCAAUAGUGUUCAACCUGUUCUAUCAGGUGUAGCUGUUGGUUCGGGAUGGCAAGUAUUUGUGGCAUACGUAAAUAUUGGAUGCUACUAUCUAAUUGGGCUACCACUUGGAAUUAUCAUGGGAUGGGUUUUCAACACUGGUGUUGAAGGCAUAUGGGGUGGGAUGCUAUUUGGUGGAACAUUAAUCCAAACGUUGAUACUCAUCAUAAUAACAGUACGAUGUGAUUGGGAAAAAGAGGCAGGGAAGGCUAACUCACGUGUAAACAAGGGGUCUGUAAUAAAACCUGAUGAUCAAUUGCAAAUGAUUGAUUAA